AAUACGACACCAGCCCCGGUAUUUAUUCACUUCCGGUAUUUGAUCGGCGCUCCUCGGAACAUCUCUCAACAAAAAAAGCUGCUGUCCGGUGAAUCUCAGCUGAAGAUGGCGACCUCCUUCAGAUUCGGAUCCACGAUCGACCCGUGCAGGACGGCUGCUGCUGAGAGGGCAGUGCUGGAGGAGGACGAGGAAAUGAUUGGCAAAGAAGCACACCUGGAUCCGGACUUCCUCCUGCAGUGUCCCUUCGAUAAGAACCACCUGAUCCGGGUCUGCCGCUUCCCGUACCACCUGAUAAAGUGCAGGAAGAACCACCCGAAGCUGGCGAGCGAGUUGAAGACGUGUCCGUACAACGCUCGUCACCUGGUGCCUCAGAACCAGCUGAUGUCCCACACGGAGACCUGCGAGGACCGCAUCUCUGUGGACACUGAAGACCGCGGCAGCACCAACGGACCGAUCCCCCUGCAGGUCCCCGUCAGCAUCUGGGUCAACCCCGACAUGUCCGAGGACUGGGACGAUGAGGCUGAUGACGCAGCGCCUCCAUUUGUGUGGGGGGUGAACACGGUGAUGGAUCAUCAAUUUGAGAUGAAGCCGACCAACAACCUGGGUCCGAGCUUCAGGACCCCCAACACGCUGCCCUGGGCCGAGUUGUAAAUCGUGUGAACAAAACAAAACAACACUCAUGCAUUAAUAUUUCUUUUAGAAUGUGUUCUUGGCAUGUCCUUAACCUUAACCCCAUUUAAAGUUUUAAAUCGGCACUCGCUGAGGAAACUGAUGGCCUUUAAUCUUGUUUUUGAGUUACGGGUGUUGGUGUGUUGUAUUCUGUGUGCUUGUUUUUAUUAAAAGGUGCUUUAGUUAUGAACGUCUUCAUUAAUGAA